GAGCGUCACUUUGAGCAAGGAGAGUGACAUACUGUCCAUUUAUUUCGUUUACUAAUGAAUUGAAUGUCUAAUUCAUAUACAAUAUAUUUGUUUCCUUCUUCCCCUUUAUGAUUGAUAGCUGUGACCUGCUCUAUACCCGAUGACUUCCCGCCACAUGUCAUUGCAAUAGUGGAUGACUGUACAUCUGGAUCUAUCAUAGAAUAUAGUUCAUCGUGUGCUUAUAAAUGUGAGACUGGAUACCAAACUACAGAUCUUACAAAGUUGAAAUGUCUAGAAAGUGGAACACUGUCGAUGGGUCUUCCUACCUGCACAGUUGUGAAUUGUUCCAUCCCCGAUGUCUUCCCGUCACGUCUGAGUGCAGUGGACACCCAAUGUUCUUCUGGGGCUAUUGUAGAAUAUAAUACAUCAUGCACCUAUGAGUGUGAAAAGGGAUACAUGACAACGGGUCCUUCCUCAUUAUCAUGUUCAGAAAGUGGGGAGCUGACGAUGGACCUUCCUAACUGCACAGCUGUGACAUGCUCUAUACCCGAUGACUUCCCGCCACAUGUCAUUGCAAUAGUGGAUGACUGUACAUCUGGAUCUAUCAUAGAAUAUAGUACAUCGUGUGCUUAUAAAUGUGAGACUGGAUACCAAACUACAGAUCUUACAAAGUUGAAAUGUCUAGAAAGUGGCAUGCUGUCGAUGGGUCUUCCUAACUGUACAGCUGUGACCUGCUCUAUACCCGAUGACUUCCCGCCACAUGUCAUUGCAAUAGUGGAUGACUGUACAUCUGGAUCUAUCAUAGAAUAUAGUUCAUCGUGUGCUUAUAAAUGUGAGACUGGAUACCAAACUACAGAUCUUACAAAGUUGAAAUGUCUAGAAAGUGGAACACUGUCGAUGGGUCUUCCUACCUGCACAGUUGUGAAUUGUUCCAUCCCCGAUGUCUUCCCGUCACGUCUGAGUGCAGUGGACACCCAAUGUUCUUCUGGGGCUAUUGUAGAAUAUAAUACAUCAUGCACCUAUGAGUGUGAAAAGGGAUACAUGACAACGGGUCCUUCCUCAUUAUCAUGUUCAGAAAGUGGGGAGCUGACGAUGGACCUUCCUAACUGCACAGCUGUGACAUGCUCUAUACCCGAUGACUUCCCGCCACAUGUCAUUGCAAUAGUGGAUGACUGUACAUCUGGAUCUAUCAUAGAAUAUAGUACAUCGUGUGCUUAUAAAUGUGAGACUGGAUACCAAACUACAGAUCUUACAAAGUUGAAAUGUCUAGAAAGUGGCAUGCUGUCGAUGGGUCUUCCUAACUGUACAGCUGUGACCUGCUCUAUACCCGAUGACUUCCCGCCACAUGUCAUUGCAAUAGGGGAUGACUGUACAUCUGGAUCUAUCAUAGAAUAUAGUUCAUCGUGUGCUUAUAAAUGUGAGACUGGAUACCAAACUACAGAUCUUACAAAGUUGAAAUGUCUAGAAAGUGGAACACUGUCGAUGGGUCUUCCUACCUGCACAGUUGUGAAUUGUUCCAUCCCCGAUGUCUUCCCGUCACGUCUGAGUGCAGUGGACACCCAAUGUUCUUCUGGGGCUAUUGUAGAAUAUAAUACAUCAUGCACCUAUGAGUGUGAAAAGGGAUACAUGACAACGGGUCCUUCCUCAUUAUCAUGUUCAGAAAGUGGGGAGCUGACGAUGGACCUUCCUAACUGCACAGCUGUGACAUGCUCUAUACCCGAUGACUUCCCGCCACAUGUCAUUGCAAUAGUGGAUGACUGUACAUCUGGAUCUAUCAUAGAAUAUAGUACAUCGUGUGCUUAUAAAUGUGAGACUGGAUACCAAACUACAGAUCUAACAAAGUUGAAAUGUCUAGAAAGUGGCAUGCUGUCGAUGGGUCUUCCUAACUGUACAGAUGAUUUCCCUCAUGUCGUGUUAUUGCUACAUCCGGCAUGUCCGGGCUCAGGCAAAUCAUGA